GAUGGGAAGAGAAGGAAGGGGCGGGGGGGGAUAGAGGAAAAUGUGGGAGGAGUGGUUGGGAAUUUGUGAGUAGCAGACAGGAAGGCAUGGGGAAAGGCUGCAGGCGACUGGAAUGAGCAGGGAGAAAUGGGGUUCCGCAGGCGGCUUCGUUAAAGGGAGCUGGUGACUUGUCAUGUCCCUUCAGCCCCCCGGGUCCCUGGUGUCUCCCAUUUUUUAAAUUUUUUUUCUGGCGUUGUGUGGGAAAAAUGAAAGCAUCACUUGCCCUGGUUGCUGGCUUGAUCUAUUUUUUUUCAUAGGCCCAAACACGCAGCCGACUGCCAGCCAUCGCCUUUAGUGCUGUGGUCUUGGGUCUUCCUUUUUCAAGGGGCUUAGUAUGACACACACAGCAUGAGAGGGUAGAAGUUAUCCCCCAGAGGGGGGGAACACUGUCCCCCUUCUCCUCCAGUUUUCAGUGCAAGCCUUCACGGUGCUCGGUAGUGUAUUAGAAGCUCUAAGAGAUUCCAUCGUGAGCAGUUUUCUAAGCUGUUUUGACACAGCAGCCCGAUUCCCAUGUGAAAGCUAUUAAUAUCCUUGGAUGCAGCGUAUUUAAGAAUCCUAAUGCUCCUGGCUAGCUGGCGGUGAGCUGGGGCUUUGGAGCCAACGUGGUGGGCUCUCCAAGGAAACCCCUUUGAAACCAAUGGAUGCUUUCACGGGCUCGGGUCUCAAGAGGAAGUUUGAUGAUGUGGAUGUGGGCUCAUCCGUGUCCAACUCAGAUGAUGAGAUCUCCAGCAGCGACAGCGCGGACAGCUGCGACAGCCUCAACCCUCCGACGACUGCCAGCUUCACACCCACCUCCAUCCUGAAGCGGCAGAAGCAGCUGCGGAGGAAGAAUGUCCGCUUUGACCAGGUGACUGUGUACUACUUCGCCCGGCGCCAGGGUUUCACCAGUGUGCCCAGCCAGGGCGGGAGCUCCCUGGGCAUGGCCCAGCGCCAUAACUCUGUACGUAGCUACACGCUCUGUGAGUUUGCGCAGGAGCAGGAGGUGAACCAUCGGGAGAUUCUGCGUGAGCACCUGAAGGAGGAGAAACUCCAUGCCAAGAAAAUGAAGCUGACCAAGAACGGGACGGUGGAGUCGGUGGAGGCGGACGGCCUGACGCUGGAUGAUGUCUCGGAUGAAGACAUCGAUGUGGAGAACGUGGAGGUGGACGACUACUUCUUCCUGCAGCCUCUGCCCACGAAGCGGCGGCGGGCCCUGCUCAGGGCCUCUGGGGUCCAUCGCAUUGAUGCUGAGGAAAAGCAGGAACUUCGCGCCAUCCGCCUGUCACGGGAGGAGUGUGGCUGCGACUGUCGCCUCUACUGUGACCCGGAAGCAUGUGCCUGCAGCCAAGCUGGGAUCAAAUGCCAGGUGGAUCGCAUGUCCUUUCCAUGUGGCUGCUCCCGGGACGGCUGUGGGAACAUGGCUGGGCGCAUCGAGUUUAAUCCCAUCCGGGUCCGGACUCAUUACCUGCACACCAUCAUGAAGCUGGAGCUGGAGAGCAAGAGGCAGGUGAGCCGCCCCGCAGCCCCCGAUGGGGAGCCCUCGGCCGCUGCCAGCUGCAGCCCGACAGGGGCCCCGGGCUCCGAGACGCAGGGCUUCCAGGACUUCAUUGCUGAGAACGAGACAGCAGUGAUGCACCUGCAGAGCGCGGAGGAGCUGGAGCGGCUCAAGGCGGAGGAAGACUCCAGCGGCUCCAGCGCCAGCCUGGACUCGAGCAUCGAGAGCCUGGGCGUGUGCAUCCUGGGGGAGCCUCUGGCAGUUCCCGAAGAGCUGUGCCCAGGCCUUACAGCCCCUAUCCUCAUCCAGGCCCAGCUGCCCCCAGGCUCCUCCGUGCUGUGUUUCGCCGAGAACUCAGACCACCCGGCCGCCUCUCCGGUGAACAUGAACAACCCAUCGUACUUGAACAGCGGGCCCCUGGUCUACUACCAGGUGGAGCAGAGGCCAGUGCUGGCCGUGAAGGGAGAGCCUGGUCCAGAAGAAGGCCCGGCCCCUUUCCCCAAGGAGAAGGAUCUGAGUGUCUUCUCUGUCCCACUUACCUCACUGGUGGCUUGUCCCCCAGACCCCACUGCCCUCUGCAAACCUGAGAUGGGGAAGACAGCCACCCUGGAAGCGCUACUGCCCGAAGACUGCAACCCUGAGGAGCCUGGCAGUGAAGACUUCCGCCCUUCCUGGUCCCCCUCGAACCUUCCCUUCCGCUCAGACAGUGAGGACGGCUGUGGGGCGGAGGAGACAUCUCAGCUGAGCGAGGACCGGCCCCCCGAAGAGGCCGCCCUCGAGCUCCCUCUGGCUGUGUGACAUGGAGAUGGAGACUGCCUCUUCCCCACUCUAUUUAUUCCCUUAUUUUAUCGAACGUCAUUUCAAAACAAAACUGCAGAAGUGGCUGCUGCUCCCAUGUUAUUUUAUUGGGGUCUUUGGGGCGACGGGAGGGAAAGGAUUGUUUGUAUACAUAUUUUUUAAAAGAGAAGCAGUACCAAGGAGACCAGCCCCAGCUCGACCUGGGCUAGAGCCUUGGGGCAGAGGCUGCACUGCGCCCAAUAUUGAGCUUUCUGGGCCACUGGAACAAAGUAGGAUGUCCCAGAGAAGCUGGGUAAUGCAAGCAGCUGUUCUUCACGUAGGGACCAGAACACGAGCUUGGGGACCACGCCUCUCCGGAGCUCCAGGCAGGGCACAAGCUCACCACUGGCAAGGGCCCGUCCGCUAGCCCACCUCGGCGUGUCGCAGCACGAUUGGAGGGGUCUGGGGGCCGAAUCUAGAGAGGAGGGGGCGGAAGGGUGUGUGCUUCUGUACAAAACCUCUAGGGUUUCUAAAACUGUAACCUACCUUCCCCAACUCCCUCUUUGGUACAUAAGUUAAUAUUUGACAUGUUCCGUGUUCUCCGACCUGGUCCCCACACUGGGGAUUCCUGGUCUGUAACUUGAAUUGUUUCUUUCAUUUGUUCCUAGGUACUAGAGUUAAACUUGUCGAUUUGUCUUUUUUUUUUUUCCCUUUCUUUCUUCCUUUCUCUUUUUUCAUCCUUUGAAGAAGAAAGCUAGACUGGCUGGGGUGUGGCACCAUGAGCCCGAGUCUCCCCUGCUGUGCCAGGCAGCUGCAGGCUGGGGCUCACCCUCCUGCGGGAGGCCUGUGCGGUGCACCGGCCACGUCCAAAGGAGGCAGCCAGCACAGGUGGCCACCUGGGAAGUUGACUUUAUUGUGUCAUGCCUGCUUUUUCGCCCUGGCCCUCCCCCUGCCCCCAACGUUGGGCGAUCUGGGCUUUAGUAGAAUGUAGGCAAUCGAAGUCACUGACUAGUUUUGGUCCUUUUUUCCUGUAUCUGGAUAUACAGGGUUAGAGCUAUUUAGAAGAUUCUGGUUCAGUGCCCAGAACUGCAGGUGUUUAUUGGACCUCUCCACUGAAAAUCAAAGCCAAACCCAUCCUCAAGUGCCACGUGCAACCCCCAGGGCCCAGAGGACUCAGGUUCUGAGUCUAAUCUUUGCAGUCUACGGAAUGGGACUCACUUCCACUUCUUACCUCUGUUGGAGGGUUGGGGCCCGGCUUAGGUUCCGAGACCUGCUCCACUGAACACCACUGAUUUCCAUCUAGUAGCAGUUAUCUUGGCCUCUGGAGCAAAACAUUGUUUUUGCUAGCAUCCUUCACAUACCAUGCUUUACUUCUGUGGUUUGGCAACUUUUUUUUUUUUUUUUUUUUGUGAUGGGAGAGAACUGUUCCUACUCAGCUUCUCAUAAAACCUUCUUCUGUGGGCUGUCAAGGCCCAGCUGUGUUAAAGCAGCCUUCAUGUAUGUCGCAGCAGCAUAUCACCUAUGAAAACCUCUGAUGUCUGAUCUGAGCCUGGAAGGCUUCGUACACAGUACAGAUCCGUGUGUGACUCAUGUCACUUCCUGUUCAUUCCUGAGUUUGCUUGGUUUUGUUUGGAGGGGAGUUCUUAAUUAAGCACCUAGGUCCUUCUCUCCCCAAGUCUGAGCCUCACCAAACAGAGCUAAGGGUCUUCCAGAUAACACCCCCAGCUGAGCUGCGUUCCCCACCUUAGACUGGUGCCCUGGGAGCUAAGGCAGAGCUGAAGCGAGAAUCUGGUCUUUGGGGAGAAGAAUCUUUUUUGCACGUGGUGUUGAAAGGGGAGCGCGAGCUCUCAGGAAGGCUGCAGCUUAAUCUAGGAAGUAGAUUCCAGCUGCUCUAACACAACCACCGCUGGGCUCAAGCCAGGACGAUGAAUCUAGUUAUUCUCCUUGCCGACACUCCCCUCCCCCAUGAUAUUUGAGAAACUGAUCUCAGUCUCUCUCUUCAUUCACUCUGCUUUCCUGAUGCACACUGAUCCCAGACUUCUGAAUGCUAAACAUUAACAUUUAGCAUAAACCGUCUUGUCAAGCAAGGGGCCUUUCUACCACUUGGUCCAUUUCAUUUCUGGUGCUACCUGAGUUGGACGGGGUUCUAGCUCGUGGCUGUUAGGAGAGGCAGGCCUCUGACCAGAGAGAGCUUCGGUCCCCCUCAGCCUAGGUCUAGAUAAAUGACCCUGAUUACUGUGGCUCAUCAUUUUCCACUUUUCUUUCUCACAUACUGUACACAGUGUUUUCAAUGUGAAUCCAAAGCUUGUCUGGUUCUUUGAAAACUUUUUUUUUUUUUUUUUUGCCUUUUAGGUUCCUUACAUUGUGAUAAUGCUGUAUUUAAAGAGAAUA